CUUGAACAUUCUUGCGCUGAUGUUUACCUUACCAGUCUAUGUACGCAAUUGCCAGCAAAUGAUUGACAAAGGUUAACCCAAAAGGAUUGACUAGACUUGAAAGUUUACUUUUUUUUCGCGUCUCUUUUCCCUUGCAAGAAGCAAAUGUGAAAAAUCAAAAGUAAAACAAGAAUAAAUUGUUCCAAUUAAUUAUAAAUUGUUCCAAAUCCCAAUUAAGGCAACCUAAAGACAGUUGAUUCUUUAAUCAUGAAUUAAUUGAAAGACACUAAUUAACUGUGAAAACAAUGAAAAGCUGACGGCAAAAAAAAGUGUCGCCAAAAAAUCAACUUAAAAGCAACAUUUAAAUUUGCCCUCUAAUUGUGUCCAUUCAUUUGUUCAUCCAACAAUUGGAUUUAAUUGGUCAACAUGAACUACAGUGGAUCAACCGGCAAUUCUGGACCCAAAAAGGCAUCCAAACAGGAGAAGGCUUCAAUCACAGCUCAAGAUCCAUUUGAGCAAGAGCCAGUUGCUGAAGAGGAAGAGCGCAAUUGGAAAGGAAUAUGCAUUGCCUUCUUUGUUAUAGCGACAAUUUUUUCAUUCAUUGUUAUUGCAAUAAUUAUUGUAACUCCAGAUGAUGAUGGAAACAGAGUGAAACAUCCUCGUUUGGUGUUAGAAGAUAUUGUUUCACCACAUUUGCAGCCAAAAAAAUUUGAUGGAUCAUGGAUUACAGAAACCGAAGUGGCCUAUAGGAAUCAUGAGGGAAACCUCGUUGUUUUUGAUUGUCUUGAAAAUUCGACUCUUCUACUUGUUCCAAAUACAACUUUUUUACGAGAGCAAGUUGACCAUUAUCGAAUAUCUGCCGAUAAAAAAUUCGUUUUAUUCAUAAACAAUAUCAAAAAGGUUUUUCAAUACUCAUUCAUAGGUGAAUAUAAAAUAUACAAUAUAAGCAAUGAACAAAUUUUUACACUCGAAGUUCCUGGAAGUUUCGAAGGCGAUCAACUUGAAUACGCUGAAUGGGGACCAACGGGCAAUCAACUGAUUUUCGUUUUUCGUAACAACAUUUAUUAUUAUCCAAGCAUUGGUUCUAGUUUGAAGUUGUUGACCCAAUCAGGACGUGAAAGUGUCUAUAAUGGUAUUCCUGAUUGGCUUUAUGGUGAGAAAAUAUUGAAGACAAAUAAAGCUCUUUGGUGGUCACCUUAUGGUGAUAAACUGGCUUAUGCUUCAUUCGAUGACACUGGAGUGGACACUAUGACUUAUCCUCGUUAUGGUUCCUUCAGUGAUUUAAACAACAUUUUCCCUCAAAUUGUGAGCCUUAAAUAUCCAAGAGCCGGACGCAUGAAUCCAACAGUUUCCGUUUGGAUUAUUGACUUAAAAAGUUUAACCUCAACUGGUUCAUUGCCUGAAUCUAAACGUAUUUUACCUCCAAGUGAAAUGCUGGAAAGGGAAUAUUAUUUUACAGCACUUUCAUGGAUUGAUAAUCAAAGGUUGGCCCUUAUAUGGAUGAGAAGGGAACAAAAUUAUUCCGUUGUUAGCCUUUGCAGUGCUCAAUCAGAUUGGAUUUGUUCCAAGCAUUUGGAGGAAAAAGUUGACAGUGAAACUAAAGGAGGUUGGGUUGAGAUGUUUGAAGCUCCAUUAAUAACAAAGGAUAAAAGACAUUAUCUAUUAACAUUACCCUUAAGUGAGCCUGAAAGUGGAUCAUUUCGUCAAAUUGUGAUGAUAACAAUUAACGGUCGAGUUAAAAACUUUUUGACUCAGGGUCAGCAAGAUGUUACUCAAAUACUGGCCCAUCGGCAUGACACUCGAACCGUAUUUUAUGCAGCCACACUGGAAGACAAUCCUGGAGUUCGUCACAUCUUUAGCAUUCCCGAUAUACACUCUUCAUCACCUCGUAAUCCUUACUGUUUAACCUGUAACCAAACUGAGAGAAACUGUUCAUUCAAUGAUGCACAAUUCAAUCCAACUGCAAAAUAUUACAUACUUCAAUGUCUUGGAGCUGGAAUACCUUGGACUGAGAUUCGUGAUGUUGACCAAAAUGAAAUAUUAUUACAGACUCCGGUUGACAAGAGAUUAAAGGAAAUUGUCGAGGAAAGAGCAUUUCCACAAAUGAGAUCUUUUCGAGUUCCAAUUUCGCCUGAUUACACUGCCGAAGUCAGGCUUAUAUUACCACCAGCAUUGAGAGAAUCUGAAGAAAUUAAAUUCCCAUUGAUCAUUGAAGUAGGUCCAGAGCCAGGAAAUCAAGACGUUAACCGCAAGUUCAACAUCGAUUUUGGCCUUUAUCUAGCAAGUAAUCGAAGUUUCAUCUAUGCACGUGUUGAUGUCCGUGGUACUCGAUUCCAGGGAAAUAAAGUGUUACAUGAAAUGUACCAUAAAUUGGGUUCAAUUGAAGUUGACGAUUACAUCAAGGUAGUGAAUCAUUUGAAACAUCAUUACCAUUUCAUUGAUCCUGGUAGGAUAGCCAUAUGGGGCUGGGCAUAUGGCGGUUAUGUUGCUGCUGCAGCGUUGGUUCAUGGACAUGAAAGUAUUUUCAAUUGUAGCAUUGCUGUUGCACCAAUCACGAAUUGGCUCUAUGUAGAUUCAUUUACGGCUGAAAGAUAUUUUGGUGGUCCAUGGGUUAAUGGUAAUUAUGCACGUUACCAAAGAGCCGAUUUAUCUGACAAGGCUCACCUCUUCAGAGGACGCAAUUUAUUUAUACUUCAUGGAACAGCUGAUGAUGCUGUGCAUCUUCAGCAUUCAUUUAGUUUCAUGAAAUCACUCAACAGCAAAGGAGUUUACUAUCGUACUCAGGUUUACCCUGACAGUAAUCAUUACUUGGAAGACGUACGGUAUCAUCUCUAUCACUCAAUAGAAAUUUAUCUUGCUGAAAUGCUGGGAUUACAGGGUCACCAUUCUAGUCAUGAAAAAUGACUUAAAAGAUAGAAAAAUGAAUAUUCAUAAACUGUAACUGUUUUGAUGACUCUAUGGGCUUGAUCAUUUUUCAUUUCAACGAAAACUGGCCAAACUUCAAGUUCAAAGGAAAUUUAUUGCCAACAUUUUGACUCCAUUAAAGAGGACAGCUGAAUCAUGAUGGAUAAAGUGUCAAUUUUGUUGAAGUACCCUUGACUCUUGGCCCAACCGCAGUUGGUCAUCUACACUUGUAUCAUCAUAUUGGACUAUUGACUUCAGUCAAUUUGAAAUAUUUUCCUCUCUCUCACUUUUCUCUCUUCCAUUCAAAUUGAUUCAAUAAUGUUAAUGUGUUACAUGAAUGAACAUGCAAAAAUAAUCGUUAAUCAUUUUAAAAAUUGAAUCAAUUUGAAUCAUCAGUUCAUAAACUUUACUAUCGACAAAAUACUACUAUGUAAAUGUUAUUAUGUAAAAAACUUGUUAACUUGAAAAGUUCAGUUUAUUAAUAGCCAUAAAUUCAAUUCUCAA